GGGGGCCCCCCAGGCCGGGCAGCCCGGCAGCGCCCCGCGUUGCCGCCGCCAGGUGAGCUCCGGCCGCCGCGGUUCGCUUCCUGGGAUCCCCGGCGCGCCCCCCUCCCGCCGCUCGCUCCGCGCCGCGCUCCGGCGGCGAUUGCUCGGGUCUGACUUAGCCAAAGCGGCGGACGCUCCCAGAGCCGCCCCCUCUCCCUCCCUCCCCCAGGUCUGGCCGCCCCCCUCCCCCCUCUCCCUCCUGCCUCCUGGGCGCCCAGGCGAGAGCAGCCGAUGGGCAGAGCGGGGGGUUUUCGGGAACAAUAAGAGCGGGGGGAGCACGGCGAGCCCCGGCGCUUGGCCCCCCCGCCCCGCGCGUGCCGCGCCCCGCCCCCGCCCCCGCCCCCAGCCAGGCCCGGCCCGGCCCGGCCCCCGCGCCUCCUGCAGCUGCUCGGGCGGGCGGCCCCUGAGCGGAGCCGGAGCCGGAGCCGGAGCCGCGGCCGCCGGGGGCCUCCCUCGGUCCGUCCGAGCGCCCGCGGUCCCGCCUCGGGUCCGUCCCCCCGCGGCCCCGGCAGCCCCGGCCCCGAGGCUCGGACCCCGGCCAUGUACGCCUUUGUGCGCUUCCUGGAGGACAACGUGUGCUACGCGCUGCCCGUGUCCUGCGUGCGCGACUUCAGCCCCCGCUCGCGCCUCGACUUUGACAACCAGAAGGUGUACGCGGUCUACAGGAGCCCCGAGCCCCCGGAGGCGGCGGCGCCCCCCGCGCCCGCGCCCGCCGGGGCCUCCUGGGGCGCGCUGCUGCCGCACAAGGCCCAGAUCCUGGCGCUGGCAGAGGACAAAACGGACCUGGAGAACAGCGUCAUGCAGAAGAAGAUCAAGAUCCCCAAGCUCUCCCUCCAUCCCAUAGAAGAGGAGGAGGAGGUCCGGGACUACGGCGAGGAGGAGGCGGACUUCAGACACAGUAAGAGACAGGAGGGCCGGAGGCCCAGCGAGCCGGGCGCCCACAAGAGCAUCGAGGCCGUGGUGGCGCGGCUGGAGAAGCAGAACGGGCUGAGCCUGGUGGGCGGCGCGGGCCCCGAGGAGCUCUUCGCGGACGCCCCCAAGGGCAUGGACGGGCUGGACGAGGCGGUGGUGCCGCGGGCCCUGUACGAGGAGCUCCUGCGCAGCUACCAGCAGCAGCAGGAGGAGAUGCGGCACCUGCAGCAGGAGCUGGAGCGCACGCGGAGGCAGCUGGUGCAGCAGGCCAAGAAGCUCAAGGAGUGCGGCACGCUGGUGUCCGAGAUGAAGGAGCUCCGCGACCUGAACCGCCGCCUGCAGGACGUGCUGCUGCUGCGGCUGGGCAGCGGUCCUGCCAUUGAGCUGGAAAAAGUAAAGUCAGAAUCCCUUGAACCCGAGCCGGAAUUCCAGAAGACUUUCAGUGAGGAGGCAAAUACGUCGUCCUAUUAUCCUGCUCCCGCUCCCGUUAUGGACAAGUAUAUUCUAGAGAAUGGCAAGGUCCACCUGGGCAGUGGGAUCUGGGUCGAUGAGGAAAGAUGGCACCAGCUGCAGGUCACCCAAGGAGACUCCAAAUACACCAAGAACCUGGCUGUCAUGAUCUGGGGCACAGACGUGCUGAAGAACCGCAGCGUCACCGGGGUCGCCACCAAGAAGAAGAAGGACGCCAUCCCCAAGCCGCCCCUCUCCCCUCACAAACUCAGCAUCGUCAGAGAGUGUCUCUACGACCGGAUAGCACAAGAGACCGUGGACGAGGCCGAGAUCGCACAGAGACUGUCCAAGGUGAACAAGUACAUCUGCGAGAAGAUCAUGGACAUCAACAAGUCUUGUAAGAACGAGGAGCGCCGGGAGGCCAAGUACAACCUGCAGUGAGGCGGAGUUUCCGCCGCGCGGGGGCGCUCCUCGGGCCGCGCUGGGGGCGGGGUGGGCCAGGGCAGCCCGCGGAGGGGGGGGGGGGCUCGCGCCCACGGGCGCCCCCUCCCGGCGGCCCGCCCAGGAUGCACCCGGAUGUUGGCCACGCGGGUCCGGAGGCCGAAGACCCGGGCUCAGAGCCCGGCGCCAGCCCCGAGGAGACCCGGGCCUCCCCGGCCACACUUGGGCUCUCCGGGCCUCAGUUUCCCCAUCCGCCCAAUGGGGGCGAUAACCCUUGCACUACCUACCUCACAGGGCUGUUGUGAGGAAAGCGCCUGAGAGACUUGGGGGCUCUGGGAGCGCUUGUUACCGGCCGCCCCGGGAGGCGGGAGCCGGAGCCUGGGGGGGGGCGGGGAGGGGCCAAGUGCUUGCCCGGCCGGGGGCGGCGCUCGCGCCCCCGGGGCUUCUGUCUCUAUCUCUGUCCGGAUGUUUUGUGGUACAAUAAAGCCUCAUGAUUUCUUUGAA